UAUAUCUAAAUAUGAAAGAACCUAAUAAAUAUCCGAAAGUGGUAAAUGUAUCGUUCACCUUCUGUGCUGUUGUUUAUAUUUUAAUAGCCGUGUGUGGUUACUUAAUGUAUGGAAAUCAGGCAAUGUCAGAGAUAACGCAAAACAUCGAUUCAACACGAGAUAAUUUAGAACUUCUUAAUCAGCUUCUAAUGUGGCUCAUAGCGAUUCCUCCAUUCGGAAAAUUCGCACUUAAUUUAAGUGCAAUAAAUUUACACAUAGAA